AUGGCGUCCAUAUCACUAGGCCUAAGAAACAACAGCACCUACACGCCCAACCCCACCAAUACCACAGCCAUCAACGCCUCCAACGCUGCCACGAGCACUCCUACCUCUACCAAAUCAAGUGCGGCAAUGUCGCUCGUUCCAGGUAAGAGCCUGCAAAAUAUUUUAGAAACUGGUGCUGUUCUUGAACCUGUUGAAUGCACAUUGGAUUCUGCAGUCAUAAAUGAAUGGAGAUUUUUGAGGUUGAAAGAAUAUAAGGAGAGCAACAUUGAAGUAGAAAAUGACGCAUUUGACUGUUACAUGCAUAAUUUUAGUUUACUGGAGGAGGUGUUUUUCACAAAUUCUACCCCAAGCGUGCAUACUGAGGAGGGCCACUCCACCGAAAAUUCUAACUCUGUUGUGGAAGACACCAAUGACAGGAGUAUUGCCGGCUUAAAGUCAAAACUUAGAUCAAGCCCAAUUAGAACCGCAAAUUUUAGAAAGCAGAUGCAAAACAUUGUUGAUCAGAGAUAG